AUGCAUUUGUUUAAUUUUUUCAAUACACUGGUACUGCCAUGUGUGGUAUCAGCCGCUUCCUUGCAGCAAGUCAGUAAUUAUGGAGGUACCGCAGCGAAAGCUCAAAUGUGGGUUUACAAACCAGACAAUGUGAAGCCAACUCCGGCGAUGGUCGUGGUCAUCCACUCCUGCCAGUCAUCCGCCCAAUCGUAUUUCCAGAAUUCUUUGAUUCCAUGGAAGAAGGGCUCUGAUGGAGGAGGCUAUAUCACUGUUUGGCCUAGCAGCCCAAACAGUGGAACUUGUUGGGAUGUCUCGAGCAAGAAAUCGCUCGUGCGAGACGGUGGCGGCGACUCGAACGCCAUUGCAAAUAUGAUUACAUAUGCCAUCAAGCAGUAUAGUAUAGAUCCAGAAAGAGUUUAUGUGACGGGUGGAUCAUCAGGUGCCAUGAUGAGCAACGUGUUGGCAGCUACAUAUCCCGACCUUAUCAAAGCUGUCUCGCUAUACUCAGGCGUAGCAGCUGGCUGUUUUGUCUCCAACAGUGGUGGGGUGGAUCAGUGGAACAAUGACUGCUCAGGAGGACGGUUCAGAAAGACUGUGGCGGAAUGGACAAAAAUUGCGGAGGACAUGUACCCUGGCUACAAUGGAACUCGACCAAAGAUGCAGAUCUGGCACGGUUCUGCCGAUGGCACACUUGCGCCUCAGAACUAUCAAGAGGAGAUCAAACAGUGGACAGGCGUUUUUGGUGUCAGUCAAACUGCCACCAGCACCAAGGCAAACACCCCGCAGAAUCAAUAUACGACGUCGGACUAUGGACCAAAUGUGCAGGGAAUAUAUGCCACUGGCGUGGGACAUUCGGUCCCCUCCCAUCUCGAGGUAUCGGAGGCUUGGUUUGGACUCCCAUAA